AUGUCGAUGACAGAGGUAAAUGUCAACGGUCAGAGAUACGAGGAGUAUGGGAAAAAGAGGUCAAAACUUUCUAGGGGAUUAAUUAUGUUGAACGAUCGUCCCGAGUUCCCGAACCCGUUGGAUCAUUCGCGUCAGCACUGCUUCGGCGGAGAGUACAAUCAGCGUUUGCGUGGAGCAGAAAAUCGAACUCAGCCGUAUCAACGACGCUCGUCGUCGUCGCUGCGGGAAGCUGCGUCGCGCCUGCCGAAUCAAGAACAACCGGCUCCUCAGGCAGUGGUGCGCCCGUCUGUGUUAGAAACACUACCGUCCCACUGGCGAAGUCCGCAAAACAACCGACCGAUAUAUCAUCAGACGUGGUUCCCGCAGGAGCCUCGCAUUUUGGCGCCUGAAGAUUUGCCGCAACAGCGUACAGCAACGCAUUAUCUGCUUGAUCCCUCGCAUCCUCAGCCAGAACACCCGGCCCAAGGUGCGCAAGUUGGCGUGCACGCCUCCACUUCGGCGCUUCUGUUCGGAGGUAUUAAUGAAGCGAGAGAGGAAGUCAACGUCGCGUCGCACAGCUCGGAAAAUCCAGACGAUUCGUGGGGAUAUCCUAUCAAAGACGGAGUGAGAAAGCUGCACGGGCUGACGCGCGGGCUGAGGUUCCGCGAUCUCUACGAAGAAACGUUCGGGAGUAACUUCCCUGCCGGUCGGACCAGGAAGAAGAGACCUAACGCAAAUGUGUUGACGAAUUGCCGCGCUGAUUGCAACGCCGGUCUCAGGGACGUGAACGAACAGGACAACAACAACAACUCCUUGUUGAGACAUCGCCGGAGGCAAAGACGGGAGGCAUGUUUGAAUGGGUCGCUCGGAUUGGCACUCAACGAUCGCCCAAAUGCGCCGCGAAAUCGCGCCGAGGCUGCCGCGGCGUCCAACGUGAACGUAAAUCCCAACGUGAUUCCGCUGAAUCACAGCGUCGAUUCGAACCCCAUCUUCACUUAUAGUCAGUCGGCCGGAAGCCACUUUGACAUUCAGCCGCAUCAGCAGUUCCUCCCGCAUCCUUCGUACCGCGUGUCCGCGAUCUUCGAUUCGGGGAACUACGCCGAGGCCGCCUCCAGCGUGAACAUCGCCGGCAAUUCGUCGGUUUGGGACCGUCCGUUCGCCGUCGUCCAAGAUCCAACGAUCGGCAGCCAGUUUGAUUUCCAGCACAACAUCCAGCAGCCCAGCUCGCCGCCGCUCCUGUACGGCGCCUCCGGUUCCUUCGAUCCGAACAUAGAAAGUUGCGCCGGACCGUCGGGCAGUUCGGCCGCUACAGGAUACGACGCUGAACAGUAUCAUCGUCAGGCCUGCGUUCAGCAGCCGAAUUCGCCCGAAAGUGGAACACGACGAAACGCAGCGACCGGUCUUCCCGUAAAUGCCCCGGGAAGCUGCCACGAGGCUGAAGUGGCAGACCGGAGCGGCGAGGACAGGGCGAUAAAUGUGCCCGACUACGAAGCAACUUUGUUCAGCGAUACCGAUACAGCGUCAGAAAAGUCAGACGUCGAGUUUGUGGACGAGAAUCGCGAGGAUAGGAACAACCGGGGGACACCGUGGCACAACGGAACCUUGUACACCGCAGCCUAUUACGACCAGCUCAUCAACGCCGUCGUCGUCGAACUGGCCGCCCUCUGCACGCGCGACGAUUCAAACGGUAAUAAAAUAAAUGACUUAAAUACGCGUAAGAACUUGGGCGACGAUUAUCGCAAAGCUACUGACCAAAUUGUUUGUCCGCAGGAGACGAAUGAUUUGAGCACCAGCCUCGGACUCGACGCCGGGAACAUCGGCGCGCGCACGCCGCAGCCCAGUCCCACAUCCAACGACAACCUGGCCCUGGUCACGGAGAGCAACGAGGUGCAGUUCCUGCAAUACCCGCGUAAUUUCUUCCCGGCGCGCAACACGCGCGUCACAUCGCAGCACAUCAGGGCGCCGCCCGCCGAGAUCAGCGGCGUGGCGAUCGAGACGGAGCAGUUUUUCGACCCUCGCCCCGCCGGGGAGCGACGCUCGACGAUCGGCGGGGCGUCACCCUCCCUGUCGUCGGUAGCGAGCUUCAACCCCGCGAGCCUACCGGCCGCGAUCGGAUUCGUCUCGACGUCGCGCGUACCGAACUGCGCGGUCCCCGGCGGCUACGUCGGCGGGGACAACAACGACGAGCUCUCGAGGCAGCUGCUGAUCAAGCUAAACUCCUCCGCGAGGUCGGAGCAGUACAACCAGAGAGCGUCCCCGGUGCUAGGCGGUAUCGAGGUUAACUACAGCCUCGGCGACGACAUCCUGGGACACGCGUCGAGCGACCUCAGCAACACGUCGCCGUACAACAUCAUCGCCGGCAACGAGCAGCACCUGCCGACGACGUCGGACAUCGCGCCCGACAUGAAAUACGAGACGCAGUCGGGCCCGCCGACCGCGCAGUCACACAUGACCUCCUCGGGCGUGGAGCCGCCGCACAGCAGCCAGGGCUCCGGCAUGAUGGUGGACCGUUCGCCGGCGGACGCCGAGGGCGUCACCGUGAUGCUACCGUGGAACGGCGUAGGGCCCGACUACCUCGAGCAGUCCGACAUCAAGCAGACUGGCUCGGCCCACCUCUCGGACACCUGGGACUCCAUCCUGAUCGAGCAGCCGCUCGAGGUGGUGCCGCAGUCGAUAGCGGCGGACAGGAGGCCGCUGCCCUCCUUCAUCGGCUACACCAGCCACCUCAGCAUCAACGGCAUCCCCGGCCACCAUUACCACACGAUAGCCUCGUCCGGGCAGAGAUCGGCGAUGCCGUCCGGCUCGCCGACCCAGUCCACCAAUCAGGAGUACUACGCCGCUUCCGACACGCUCGAGUACCAGGAGUCCCCCGUCGUCUCCUCGAGCACACCGUGCCAGCAAGCCAGCCAGAAGCAGCAGCAGCCGCAGCAUAUGAACAAUCAGCAGCAUUGCCCGCAUCAUCCCCAUCACAACCACAACCCGCAUCAGCAGCAACUGCCGCAGUCGACCCAGUCGCUCGAAUACGAGGUCGAGAUCGACGCGGACAUAGCGCAGCUGAUCGGCAGCGCGAUCGCCGCGGACACGACGGUGUCGAGCGGCGGCAGCAACGCCGGGAACAACGGCAACAACGCCGGCGGUAACGCCGCGAACCCCGGGAGCGGCAGCAACGGCGGCGGCGGUUCCAGCCUGGUGCCGGACCAGGACACCGCGUCCAGGGACGCGUCCUCGUGGAACGACAUCGCCGACUGGUUCGACUCGGCCUGUUCGAACAACCGGCCGCCGGAUCCCAACUCGUACCCGGUCUACGCGGCGAAUCCCCCCGCCCAGCAGACCCAGCAGCAGCAGCACAGUUCCGCCCUUCAGAACCUCCUUUCCUACUCGCCCCUGCUACAGGCGAGACUCCAGGCGGGCAACACCGAGACCCCCUCGUCCACCAGCACCUACCCGCCCGUCAGCCCGCCCGGCAGGGUCUCCACGUCCGGCAGUCCGGAUCAGAACCUACACUCGUCCUACGCCGCGCCGUCCCACUCCCGCAAGAGAUCACGGACGAGCCAGGCGUCGGGGAACCCGGCGAAGAAGGCGGCGAUAUCCUACGCCAACGACGCCAGCAUGGCGGGCGGCAAGGAGAAGCCCGUCCAUCGAUGUCAGGUUUGUAACAGGGGCUUUCUCAACAAGAGUAAUAUCAAAGUGCACCUUAGGACUCACACCGGCGAGAAGCCGUUCAAGUGCGAGGUGUGCGACAAAGCGUUCAGGCAGAAAGCACACUUGAUCAAACACCAACAGAUACACAAGAGAGGCAACAGGGAUUGA